AUGUAUAUUUAAGCCCAUCGUCCACCUUUCUUUCUCUCACUCACCACAUCUCCAACUUCACAACUUCCCCACUUGACUACAACUUUGCGAUCUUGCAACCUCAAAACCUCAAUUACGCCCCACAAUACUCGACAUUAUACCAAGAAUCACCAAAAUGCACACCAACACUACCUCGCUCCGGAAGCCAAUGGGCGUUCGAAAAGUAAACGUCUACAUGGGUAAAGCCAACAACCGAAUCAUUGUGGCCGAAGGCGUUCCCGUGGACCUGCUGGUGAACUUUUCCGGUUUGGCCAAGAACCAACUCCAGAAUACCAACAACUCUCUGUCUAUCAAGGACAGCAAUAAGUCAAUCGUCAAGUGGACUCUCAAAUACAUGAUGUCUGGAGAGCUAGAGUCGGAAUUUGCUCAGAUCUGGGCUAUGAAGACUUCCGAUGUUUGCAUGCUACACGAUUUCGCCAAGUACUUCCAGUGCCCUCGACUGGUCCACCGUGUAGAGCCAGUCAUUCGUUCUCGCAUCUCGGACAUGGUUAUACUUAUCCUCCAGCCUAAUCUUGAGAACCACGAGCCCACCAUGAAACUUGCCAAGGACAGCAAGUUUGUUGCUAAGCUCCUGGACUAUGCUGUUCAGCGCGCCUUGGCUGCUCGAAUUGCUCGAGGCAAGGCUUACUACGCGCGUAUCGAACAGGCCAAGAAGAAUAGGGCUGCAGAGCGCAACAAGCACAACAAAUCCCAGGUGGUCUGCUACACCCGCGGAAAGAAGGGUCACAUUUCCCGGUAUUGCAACUACGUCAAGACGGUGGAAGUCGACAAUGGCGGCGUGCGAACUUGCACCCGCCAGGUUCGCCCUGGAGAAGUCACGCGUACAGGCCUCAUCAUCUGAGUUGAGGAACUCUUGUGGCUUCGAUAGAUUGUGACC